UGCUGGGUUUUUUUCUGUGCAGGGGCUGUGGUUGUGCAGGAGGAGUGGGCUGGUUCCUCAGUUAUUAGGCUGUUUCUUGGAGUCUUCCUACAGAGAGCGCAGGGAAGAAGAAGUUCGCACCAGUUUGCCUCCAGUCUAGUCGAGGUUUCAAUAGCAGCAGCGCGGCAGGGGAGGGACGCACUGCCAGCACUCAGGAUACCCACUCAUACACAUGCACUUAAACACACUCACACACACUCCUGCCCACUAGAGACCAGUUCAAUCCUCAAGAAAACUGCCAACACGCACAAGAGCAGUCGCCUAAUCCGAUUGAUAGGCUUCUACAGCAAAAACUGAACUGAGGAAACUAUUGGACACUGAAGAGAAGAACUUGAUUUUUUAUUUUAUUUUAUUUUAUUUUUUUCUAAGUCACAUUUCUGUUAGUUGAUUAGUUUUUUAUUGUGGUGAUAAAGGCAUUUUUUGCAAGCAAGUACCACCAUCCUUCAGACAACUUCGCAGUUUCAGAAUCCGAAAGGAUGAGGCAGUGUAAAGGAGCUGAGGGUUGGAGGAGUGUGCUCAUGCUUGUGCUGUUGGGCCUGGGAGCUGUGGCCCAGAAGCUGCCCACGCGGGACGAAGGGCUGUUCCAGAUGCAGAUCAGAGACAAGGCGCUGUUCCAUGACUCCUCCGUCAUACCGGAUGGAGCGGAGAUCAGUGGCUACCUGUUCAGAGACACACCCAAGAGGUACUACUUUGUGGUGGAAGAGGACAACACCCCGCUGUCUGUGACUGUGACACCUUGUGACGCUCCUCUUGAGUGGAAACUGACUCUGCAGGAACUGCCCGAAGAAGCCAGUGGAGAAGGAUCAGGAGAGCCUGAGCCGCUCGACCAGCAGAAACAGCAGGUGACAGUAGAUGAGGGGACGGAGCUCUUCACCUAUAAGGGUAAUGAUGUGGAGUCCUAUGUAGCCACCAGCACGCCGUCCGGUCUCUACCAACUGGAACUGCUCUCCACAGAGAAGGACAGCAACUUCAAGGUGUACGCAACCACCACUCCAGAGUCUGACCAGCCCUACCCCGAGCUGCCCUACGACCCACGUGUGGAUGUGACCGCACUGGGACGUACCACUGUCACCUUGGCCUGGAAGCCUACACCCACUGGCACGUUGAUGGGCCAGCCUGUCCAGUACUGCGUAGUCAUCAACAAGGAGCACAACUUCAAGAGCAUGUGUGCUGCUGAAGCUAAGAUCAAUGCUGACGACGCCUUCAUGCUGGCUCCAAAGCCCGGCAGAGACUUCAGCCCAUUUGACUUUUCACACUUUGGCUUUGUCCCCUCUGACAAUGAUUUUGGCAAGGACCGAGGCUUCACAAGUAACAAGAUCUCACGGGGCUACGCGGCCAAGCCCAGAGCGUCAGACAUUGUGAAGGUGUGCAUUGGCAAUAAGAACAUUUUCACUGUGUCAGACCUGAAACCAGACACACAGUACUACUUUGACGUGUUUGCUGUGAAUUCAGCCACGAACACCAGCACGGCGUAUGUGGGCACUUUCGCUCGCACUAAAGAGGAAGCUCGCCAGAAGACCGUGGAGUUGAAAGACGGCAAAGUGUCUGAUGUUUUCAUCAAGAGAAAGGGCAGCAAGUUUCUGCGCUUUGCUCCCGUCUCCUCCCACCAGAGGGUCACUCUGUUCGUCCAUACGUGCCUGGACGCUGUGCAGGUGCAGGUGAGGCGUGAUGGCAAGUUGCUGCUCUCCCAGAAUGUGGAGGGGGUGCGGCAGUUCCAGCUUCGGGGAAAGCCAAAGGCCAAGUACCUGAUCCGUUUGCGAGGCAGCAGGAAAGGGGCCUCCACUUUGAAGGUGCUAGCCACCACACGGCCCAGCAGCAAACAGCCCUUCCCUUCACUUCCUGAGGACACACGCAUUAAGGCCUUUGACAAGCUGCGCACCUGCUCCUCCGCCACUGUGGCUUGGCUGGGCACGCAGGACCGCAACAAGUACUGUAUUUACCGUAAGGAGGUGGCUGAGACUUACGGCGAGGAGCAGCGACGCCGUGAACAGAACCAGUGUGCUGGGCCAGAGACCCGCAGGAAGUCAGAAAAAGUCCUGUGCAAGUACUUCCACAGCCCGAACCUGCAGAAGGCUGUGACUACAGAGACCAUCACAGGUCUGGAGCCAGGCAAGACCUACCUGCUGGAUGUUUACGUGGUGGGCCACAGUGGUCACUCAGUCAAAUACCAGAGUAAACUGGUGAAAACAAGGAAAUACUGCUAAAUGACUCUGCAAAGAAUAAAUCUAUUAUAAAUAUAUAUAUUAAAUAAGUUUAUUUAACUCUAAGUGAUAUUCUACUAAGGAGUGUAUACAGACUGACUACUCACACAGCUGAUGGGCCUGUGGCAGUGACUGAACUGUUUGUAGAGAGAGAUAUCAACCUGUAUAUUUAUGUUUACAUUUCGUUGUGGCACGUCUGGGUGACCUGUAGCGCGAGGUGCUUUGUCGCCAAGAUUUGGGUCUCUACAUUCUGUUGCUAUUGGGGAGGCAGAGCUUCAAAGAUCAUUUCUCAUCUUGUAUGUUUCUUGUUUGCUGCAUGAAAUUCGCUUUUGGUUUGUCAUAUUUGUUUGUUCCUUCAGUUUCAAAUCACAUUGACCAGAGGAGAUACAGUAGCUACCUGCAUUGUACAGUUCUCGCUGCAUAUUCAAUAUGUUUUAGGAGGGAUUUAAAUUAUUUUAUACUUUUUGCCUCUUUUUUUGAUUAUUUUGUUUUUAUUGAUGACGAUAAUAACUGUUAUGAGGAAAUUCCAGUUCUAUGAGGAAAUUGUCGUAGUUGAGACAUUCCCUUGUGUAUCUCAGCCAGUGUUUGCUCUAGAGUCCAUCUGUAAAUGUGUUCUGUGCUGGAGGUCUGUGUAUUAUCACUGUAUCACUGUGUGUGUCACAUGUACAGAGUUGUCCUGCCAAUAUUCAUGUACAUAAACACUAAAUAUAGAACAAGUAA